AUGGACGAUGAAGACAUUCUUCAGAACAUUGACGGCCGCAUGCAUGGCCCAAUGAAUGGGUUCACCGGCAAAUACUUUGGCAGCUUUCAGCAUACAUACAAGGGGUCAAUUUUGGAACUUGGGAAGGAUGGGAGAAUUUGUGGUCGCUAUACUGUCCCAUCAGCAGCACCGCUACCCGACAGUUUCCUGUCCUGGUUCUCCGAGCUCGCAACGUGCGAGCUGGAUAACGCUCGAGGUUCAUGGCACAUAAUUAGCAACAACAAAGCAGCCGAGCAGAACAGAGCGGGGUUUUUCUUAGUCAUGCCGUCUUCAUCACCUUCAUGCGUGCAGAUGGAAUGGGAUUGUGUCCAGGUUAUUGGUCAGUUCCACCCCAAUGAUUGUUUGCCUUACCAAGAUGGACUGAUACAACUGUCCCGAUCUGCGCAUGAAGUUUUUAUCAGCCAGCCUACACGACUGUUCUUGCAUGGCUUAUACAUGCGUGGCUCACGGGUAGAGCUUUGGGUCUUUGAUCGAUCUGGCAUAUUUUGUAGCAAAGCAUUCGACCUUCAGAACGACUUCGCCGAGUUUCUCCCGAUUGCUCUCAGCUACCAGCAUAUGACCGACCAGGACCUCGGGAAAAGCAACAUUUUUGAGACUGGCGAUGACGGCAAUUUCUUUCGUCUUGAUGGUAUGGUGGAUGGCUUGUCUGGAAAACUUCAUGUCGAGGGCCAUCCAAUUGCAGCCCGACAAAGCCUUGUUGGUACAGGCACGACCUGCUACCGGGCCAAAAAAACAGACUCCCACGACUGGAAUUACGCCUUGAAGCUCAAGUGGCAGUGGGCCCGGGACCGUCCGGAGAACGAGCUUCUAAAUCUAGCGAAGGAAAAACAUGUCUGGGGUGCUGUCUCAGUAAAGUACUGCAAGGAGCUUGAGACUACCGCGAAUCUGCGGAGAUGUCUUCGAUGGGGAACUCAGCGAAAGUUUCUCACCCCAUCGGUUGGCGACAAACAAAACAAGAAUGAAGAAAACCUCCGGGAAACGACUUCCAGUAUCAAUGGAUUCCUUCAAUACACGAAAGAAACUACCAACUUCUUUCAAAACCGCAUCUUGAUCUGCACGAUUACUUCUCCCCUGGGCAGACCCCUUUGCAGCUUCCAGUCACAGGUCGAGCUGCUACAAGUACUUCGGGAUGCUAUCAUGUGUCAUCGAUCGCUCUACUACGAUGCCGGACUUCUUCAUCGCGAUAUCUCGCCGGGCAAUAUCAUCAUCUUAGAUCACCAGGAUAAAGAACAGCCAAAGGGGUUAUUAAUUGACCUCGAUUCCGCUAUCAACCUUGACGAGACAUCGGAAGCAGAGCUCGGAAUUACUGGCACCAGGCCAUUCAUGGCCAUUGGUGUCCUGAGGAACGAACCCCAUACUUGUCGACAUGACCUAGAAUCUUUUUUCUAUGUCCUCAUAUGGAUGAUAAUAACGGACGAUACAGAGUCUCCGCCAGAGGGAAGCAGGCUUCGACAUUGGAGCAAUGGCGAUUGGGAUUCGUUAGCUGCACGCAAGACUCUCGACAUGACUGACGAAAAGUUUCAAGAACUCUUGAGCGAAUUCGGUAGCCAAUUCUGUUCUCUAAAGCCAUUGGUCGAAAAAUUGCACCAACUUCUAUUUCCUUCACGAGACGGGACAGCGUGGACGGGUACUGAUGGCACGCCGGUCGGUGUGGGCACGCUUUACGAAGGGAUGAUUGCUGCGUUUGAGGAAGCUAUUACUGCGGAGGGCCAAAGAUUGACGCAAGAAUGUAAUUGA